GUAAUAUUUUUAAUUUUAAAUCCAAAUUGCUUGGUACACGUAACCGAUAACGUUUUGCUUCUGAAUCAAAGUAAUAUAAUUCAAAACUCGGGAUUUCUUCUACAGUUCUAUUUAAUCUUUCGCUUUGUCCAUCUGUUUGCAGAUGAAAUGCUGUUGAUAAUGAAAUUUUUGUUCCUAUACAAGUAAACAGAAUCUGCCAGAAUAAACUUGUGAAUUUAGGAUUACGAUCACUUAUAAUAAUUCUAGGUUAACCAUGAUGACGAAAUAUUGUUUCGAAGAAACUUGUCCCUGUGUCAACUGCAGUUGCGUAAAAUUUAGUUGAUUUAAAAUAAGCUCGUUUUGUGACCCGAUCAAUAAAAACAAUAGGGUGAAUCCAUGAGGAUCCAUCCACUUUUUGGAAAGGUUUUUAUUUUCGAUUUUUUUUCGCGUCAAAGUAUCAGUAUGCUCUAGAAAACACCUUUGAUGGAAAACAAAAUAAGUCCUUUCUAUUAAAAAUCCCGAGUUUUGAAUUAUAUUACUUUGAUUCAGAAGCAAAACGUUAUCGGUUACGUGUACCAAGCAAUUUGGAUUUAAAAUUAAAAAUAUUACAUGAUUCACAUGAUGCACCCACCUGUAGCGGGACAUUUUGGUUAUUACAAGACAUCUAUGUUCAUCAGACAAUCUUAUUAUUGGUCUCCUAUGCCAAGGGAUAUAAAAAAGUACGUUUUUAG